ACGCCCCUGAUCUUGAAUCCCGAAACCAACACCGAGAGAUCCCGAGAGUCCAAAAAGAAGAGGAAGAAGAAACCUUCGAAUCCGAGCCAGAAUCAGAACCAGACGAGAUGGAAAUCCCCUGCCGAACAACAGAGUUAUUCCUCCAAGCUCAUCGAAGCUCUGCGUCAAGUUCGCCGUAAUCCUUCACCUUCACUAGCACCGGCAUUUUCUUCUUCCACUUCUGAUUCUCCUUGUCUAGCGGAAUCUAUCCCGCGCGGGGGCCGUGCCGUGAGAGAAGCAGCAGACAGGGUCUUAGCCGUAGCAGCCAAGGGACGAACGAGAUGGAGUCGAGCGCUGCUGACAAACAGACUCAAAUUGAAGUUCAAGAAGAAGAGGAAGCAGAGAGUAGCUAUCCCCGACAACUGUAGAUCCAAGAGACGAGGGGGGAUUAGCAUCCUUGCCUUGAAGAAAGACAAGAGGUUGCCGACGGUUCAACGGAAGGUGCGUGUCCUCGGAAGCUUAGUUCCAGGAUGCCGGAAACUCCCCUUCCCUGAUCUUCUCGAGGAAGCCACAGAUUACAUAGCAGCCUUGGAGAUGCAGGUCAGAGCCAUGACCAACCUCACUCAACUGCUUUCCGUCGCUGGUGGCGCUGCACCCACCGCUGAUCCUUUCGAGGCUGGACCGCCUCGGUUCCACGCAGAGGUGAACACCAGAAAAAAAAAAAAAAAAAAGGCCAGGUCUCCUACCUCUGGUUGUUCUUGCUCGCUUGUCGCGACCCUUUUUUUUUUAUUUUUUUCAUUUGCCCAUUAUUCACUCUCAUCAUUCCUUCGCCUUGAAUUUUAUAUUCUUGUAUUUUAUUUGUAUAAUGGCUCUCUUGUUUUUUAG